AUGUUCUCAUUCUAUGUUGAUCACCCAAGAAAUGAUGGACCGAGGCGACACAUAGGUCGAUCAAGAGAAAACAAAUAUUCAGAUUCUGUACUUCGCACAUUUUUAAGGCUUCCAGAUAUAAAUGUGUCAAUGAGAAAAGGAGGAGGUGCAAUUGUUUCACUUAGGCCCAGGAUAGGAAAGUUGGGAGAAAUGAUUCUUGAGAUGUUGCCUAAAGAUCUUGUAUUUACAGUUUUCUUUCCCUCAGAGAAAGCAUUUGAGCGUGAUUUGAGGUUAAUAGUGAAUGUUAGUUUGGUGGCUGAGAAAGUGAAUGAUACAUAUGAAAUACUUACUCGCAUAUUGGGAUGUAGUUUAUACAUAUGGAAGGAAUUAGAUGGAAUGCUGGUGGUUAACAGAGUUCGAUCAGAAAGGGUUGAUCUCAAGAAAGGGCAGAUUAUUUUACACAUAAUGAAUGGUGUGACCAUGGAUAAGGAGUUUGAGCAAUCUGUUCAGCCUGAUGACAAUGAAGAAGAAUGA